AUGAAGUCUAAGUUUUCGACGUUAGACAUCUGCGCUGUCGUCUUCGACCUAAAACAGAUGAUCAGCAUGCGUGUAGUGAAUGUGUAUGACAUUGACAGUCGAACAUAUUUGAUGAAAUUGCAUAAGUAAGGGUUUUUAAUUUGUAUUUUUUGAGUUUAGGUGGAUUUUGGGAGGAAGAGACGUAUCUGAUAACUCAUGGAUAAUAUCGAGUAAAAAUAGUUACAAAUAAGCGUUCAUGGAAGGUUUUUGGUAUCAUUAAUAUAAAUGAGAUAUCAGGGAGUCUUUUAAGAAUAAUUUCAACAUGAUUUCAUUUUGUUGAAAGAAGUUACGAAGCGUAUUGUGAAGGCAUCAUGAGUAAUAUAGAUUAAACUUUGUUUUUAGCCCUUUCAUAUUGAAAAACAUACUUUUAAUCAUAAAAACGGAUUUAUAUAGUUAAACUACUAUUUUUUAUAGGCCAAGCGACAAAGCGUUUAUUUUGUUUGAAUCCGGUGCAAGAAUCCAUCGAACUUAUCAUGAUUGGCCGAAAUCUCAGGUACCUUCUGGGUUCUCGAUGAAAUUCAGAAAGCACAUCAAUCAGAAACGCUUGACUGCUGUUAAUCAGGUUAGUUUAUAUUCUUCGGCAUCUUUUGGUUUUAAAUAUGACAUAUUAGAGAAACUUAUGUUUAAUGUGUUUUUCAGGUUGGUGCUGACAGAAUCAUAGACAUGCAAUUUGGAGAUGAAGAUCGAGCUUGCCAUGUGAUUGUUGAGUUAUACGACCGUGGUAACAUCAUAUUAACAGACGCUGACUACAUCAUUUUGAAUGUUUUGAGGCCAAGAACUGAUCGAGAUCAUGAUGUUAGGUUUUCGGUCAAAGAGAAGUAAGUGUAAUAUGCGAAGGGUUUUUGGUAAUUUAAUCUGCGAUGGACCGUCUUAAAUUGAUUAUAAAGUAUUUUUUAGUCCACUUCCUGUUUAUCUUAAAUAAUUAUAAAAGGAUUUGUUGCUUUAUUUAGUAAUGACGAGCUUUUUUUGACUAGACAUGCAGAUGUCUACUACAACAUCUUUGAUGUCUGUUUUUGGCGUCAUAACGUACUUAUUGCUACUUUAAGCUGUUUUAGUAAUAUCUGUCAUCUUCUUGACGUUAUUUUAAGUACAACAUCAGCCGUCUAAACUUUCAUAUAUUGUUAUAGGCACUAUUUUUCUACCAAAUGUCUACUAUAAUAUAAAAGCUUGAUUUUUUCAGAUACCCAUUGGAACUGGCCAGAAAAGAGACCUUCUUACCUUCUUUAGAGAACAUUUCUUUGUUUUUGGAAUCAGCAAAGCCCGAUGAAUAUGUCAGAAAAGCGUUGGUUCGACAUGUUCCGUUCAGUGGUCAACUACUUGAACAUGGCUUUGUUUCUAUUGGUCUGCCUUCUAACACCCAGGUAAAUUUUAAUGCGUUUUGUUGUUUAUUACUUAGGUAGUACUGUUCUUCAUGUAUGCUCAAGUUUUUGAAAGUAUCGUGAAAAUGACAUUGAAGUUAUGCUAAGUUUUGGAUGUUGUAGUACACAUUUGGUAUCUAUGUUAAUAUUUUUGACGAAAGAUAGUGUAAAACUUUGAAUUUUAACUUGAAAAUUGAGAAUAUUGUAGAUGAAAGACCUGGGAACAGUUCGAGAAGGAACAUUGUUGAUUAGCAGAGCAUUGGAAGAAGCUGAUAAGAUUCUAAAGCAAAUCUCUCAAGAACCAAGCAAAGGUUAUAUUACACUGCAAAGAAUCAAACGUCCUGAUGGUUCUGAAGCCGAAAGCUAUCAGGUAAGGUAAAAUACGGGUGAAAUAGAAUAUUUUCCAUUAUUUUUGUGGGUUUUCAAUCAUUUUUAUUUAAGUUUUUGAUGAAUAAUUCAAUGUUUAUAUCGAGUUUUUAUGAUUUUUCAUAUUUUUCUUUGGUUUUUGGUGUUUUUGACCAAUAUUUUUGAUGUUUAUGGCUAGUAUCCCUUCGAAUUCAUCUAAAAACAGAACAAACUAAUAAAAAGCUUACCUCGUUUUAGGAAUACCAUCCCUUCUGCUUUGCCCAAUUCAAUCUACCAGGCUCAAAUCUAGAGGUACAAGAAUAUCCGAGCUUUAGCGAAGCCAUUGACAAGUUUUACUCGCUGUUGGAUGGUCAGAAAUUGGACCAAAAAGCCAUUCAAGCCGAGAAGGAAGCCAUCAAAAAGCUGAACAAUGUCAAGAAGGAUCACGAACGAAGGGUCAAAGCUCUAGAUGAACACCAGGAGAGUCAACAGAAGCGAGCCGAGCUGAUUGAAAUGAACCGAGACCUGGUUGAUCAAUGCAUCUUGGUCGUGAGGUAAAUUUUAAAGAUUUUUGAGGAAUUUCGGGGAUUAAGAGCGGGCGCAACUUGAGGAUUUCCGAGUUGUGGCACUGUGCAGGCUGCGCAGGAAAUUUUAUACGAUGAAAGGUCUACAGGGUGAGGAACUUUGAAAAAAUGCUGGGAUAUGAAGUUUAAGAGUGUAAUAAGCAUAAAAAUAUUUUUUUUGAAAAUUUUUUAAAAAUAAUUGAGAUUUUGCACCGUGCAAGUAAAAAUGGCGAUGCACGGUGCAGAAAUUAAGUUUUUGGUAAUAACUUUGUUUACAGAAUAAAACAUGACACAAAUUUUGAAUAUUAAAUAAAGAGUGGCAGCAAUUUCGUUUUGAAUGAAAAAUAUUGAAGAAACUUUGUUUACAAAAUGAAAAAUGGCAAUAUAAAAAAUUUUUGCACUGUGCAAAAUUUGUUUAAAGUUUGUUAUUUUCGAUGAUUUAAAAUUUGAUUAAGGCCAAUUUAAAGUAUUUAAAGUGAAUUUUUAGACAAUUUGUGGCCAACAAACUGCCCUGGGACGAGAUCGACCGCGUCCUGAAACAAGCGGCUGCUCAACAAAACCCUGUGGCCAAAGCUAUAAUUCGCGUGAAUUUGGCACAAAAUGAAAUUACAGUAAGACUAACGGACAUUUAUGCUCAUCUGGACGAGAAUUCCGAAGAGGAGGACGAAAAUGAAGGUGUGAAUGAGGUUAAAAAUGGCAAAAAACCGAAGAAAAUCCAAACUUUUGAUGUCGAAGUAGACCUGGACUUGAAUGCGGAUCAAAAUUGUCGCAAGUUCUUUGGUGAUAAGAAAGCGGCCGUCGAGAAGAAGGAAAGAACUCUACAAGCAUCGAGCUUGGCUUUGAAAAAUGCUCAGAAACAGACUCAGAACAAGGUGGAGCAGGUAAAUUUUUCAAUGUUUUUUACUUAUGCCAAUCUAAAAUUGCAUUUUUUUAGAUUUUUUUGUUUAUAAAAGGUUUAAAAUGACGUUUUUGGUUAUGAAAAUAUAAUUCUUUGCCAUUUUGGUUCAAAAAACAGGUCAAAACAGUUAGGUACAGGGUUGCGCAGCCUGCGUAACCAAGUUAUACGCAAGGGAAUUGUCAAAAAAGAGGCAAGAAAUUUGUUUUCAAAACAAAAAAUGGCAAGAACUUUCUUUACAAAACAAAAAAUGGCAAGAACUUUCUUUACAAAACAAAAAAUGGCAAGAACUUUCUUUACAAAACUAAAAAUGGCAAGAAUUUUCUUUACAAAUCUAAAAAAUUUUUGAAUUAACAAAAUAAUUUUCAGGUCAGAGCCAACACCACCAUAGCACGAGCCCGGAAAACAAUGUGGUUCGAGAAGUUUUACUGGUGCUUAUCAUCCGAAGGCUAUCUUAUCAUAGGCGGCCGAGACGCCCAACAGAACGAAGCCCUCGUGAAACGAUACCUACGUGCUGGUGAUGUAUAUGUUCACGCCGACCUCCACGGUGCCUCAUCAGUCGUGGUACGAAACAAAGUCAAAGACCAAGACAUCCCACCAAUGACUCUGAACGAAGCCGGCUCCAUGGCCGUCUGCUACUCCACGGCAUGGGAGGCCAAGAUUACAGUAAGCGCGUGGUGGGUAUACCAUCAUCAAGUCAGCAGAACAGCACAAACCGGAGAGUACCUACCACCAGGAAGUUUCAUGAUUCGAGGAAAAAAAAAUUUUUUGCCGUCGGUCCAUCUGCAGCUUGGAUUUGGACUCUUCUUUAGGUAUGAAAUGGCCAGAAAUCGAGGUUUUUGGUUGAAAAACGAGGGCGGGGUAGAUUUUUUUAAUUAAAAAAGUUUGAGAGGGGUUAAAAACGAUGUAAGGAAGGGGUAAAUGGAGUUUUUUUUUGGGCGGGUGUUUAAAAAAUUUUUUAUUUUAAGGGGGGGUAAACAUUGAAAAAUAUUUUUUUUUUUGAAAUUUGAAAAUAUUUUGUAAAGGAAGUUCUUGCAACUGCUCAAAACUAAAAAAAAUGGCAUUUUUAUCAUUGUAAAUAAAGUUAAUGCAGUUUUUUCAAGUUAUACUAAAAAAAUUAGCUUUUGAAUUUGGAAAGAAAGUUCCUUCCAAAACUCAAAAAUUUUCAAAAACACUUUUUUACAUCAUUGUAAACAAAGUUAUUGCCAAAAGCUUAAUUUCUGCACCGUGCAGCGCCCUUUGUCUUCUUUGCACAGUGCGAAAGCGCGAUCCCAUCCGAUCUGGCAAGUUAAGCAACGGUGCGCCUGAUUAUAAAAAUUUCGUGGAACACUGGGUGGAAACAAAGUUUUUGAGAUUUUUAGUGUGUUGUAAAGAAAGUUUUUGCAGUUUUUUGAUUUUGAGAUCGUAAAUAAUGGCAUUUUUGGUAUUUAUUUAGAUCUAAAUGAAAAUGUUUUGUAAUUUUAUAUUAUUGCAAUUAUUUUUAGAUUGGACGAAGAAUCUACACAAAAACAUUUGGCAGAAGCGGCCGAAAAGAACGCCUCAAGCAAAGCAAGCAUAGUUACAGUGGAAGAACAACAAGAAGACGUGAAAGAAGACGAAGAAGAGGAGGAAGAACUAAAAGGAGAAGACGAGGAAGAUGAUAACGAAGAAGACGAAUUCCCAGAUGUUCAGCUGAAAUUAGACGACAUUCGUUUGGAUUCAAACACGGCAAAAGGUUUGGAUGACGAGGACUUUACCUUAAUUCAACUUAUUCAACCGGUCAGAGAGAAAACACAACGUGAAAAGUACUUGGAAGAGAAGGAAAAGGAACAAAAAGAAGCUGAGGCUAAGAAUCCGGAGCUUAAAGGUCUGUAACUUUUUAUUUUUGUAGUUUUAGAAAGUUUAAAAUGACUUUUUAUUUUAAAAAAAUGGUUUGCACGGUGCAAAAUUUUGGACUGCAAAAACGACAAUAUUUUACAGAAACAUUUCGUAAAAUAACAAGAACUUUGUUUACAAAACAUCAAAAAUUAUAUUUUUAGCUUUUUUAUACCUAAAUUAGCAAAAAAAGUGUUUUGCACGGUGCAAACUUUUUACUUGCUUAUUACUACCUUAUAAUGGUAUGGUAAAAAAUGGUUUUUAUAGUAAGAUAACAGCUUUUGACACGGUUAAAUAAUGGUAUGCUUAUCACGCAAUAACUUUCUUUCCACUUCUUUAAAAAUGCUUUUUAAGCUUUUGCACGGUGCAAGAAAUUUUAUUGCACUGUGCAGUGUGGCUCAUUGCAUAUGCAGGUUCAAAUUAAAGUUUUUUUUCUAAAUGUCUGAACCGUCAUUUUAAGCUUAAGGAAUUAGUUUUAAAAAAUAGAAACAUGAGAAUUUUUGUUUUUAAAAUGUUGAGUAAGGUAAUAUUGUUAUAGAUAAGGGCAAGGAUGCUCCAAUGACGAAACGUCAAAAGCACAAACUUCAGAAGAUUAAGAAGAAGUACGGUGAUCAAACAGAAGACGAACGACAAGAAGAAUUGAGAAAACUAGGCGCUCAGCCUACUAAAGGUAGCAUUUUGGACUGAAUUUUAUAUUAUCAUAAGUGAUUUUGAUGAAAAAAGGUAGGUUUUUGAUAGAAACUGAGACUUUUUUGGUUGAAAAAUUAAUUUUAGGUAUUUCGAGAGUGUUUCAAAUGUGUAUAUUGAUUAAAAAGUGGUCAUUUUCAGUGUUAAACAAGCUCAAGAAGAACAACGCCAAAGCCAAAAAGCAAAAAGACGAAGAUUGGCCAGACCAACUAGCUCCAGAACCUCAAAUCGAAGAGGUAAAAGAAGAAAAAGAAGAAGAGAAACCAGAGGAAGAGGAACAAAAGGAACCUGAAGAAGAAAAGAAAGAAGAACAAGAGGAAGAGGAAGAAGAUCAACUAGAAAGUUUAGAUCAAGAAGAAGCCGUCUUCAAAUCUCUAUGUCCACAACCACGAAACGACGAUGGUAUACUGUAUGUUGUGGCAGUAUGUGCACCUUAUUCGGCGAUGCAAAAGUUCAAGUACAAGGUAAAGGUUUUGGUCAAAAAGUCUUGGGAAAAGCGGUUUUUUGAUGUCUUUGAUUUUUUUUAAAAUUUUGAUUUAAAAAUGAAAAAAAAUCAGUUUUAAAAUUUAAAAAACAACGUUUUACACUGUAAAAUUUUGGGCUGCACGGUGCAAAAUUUAUUUUUGCACGGUGCAGAAUUUUUACAUUGUUCUUACUACCUUAUAAUGCUAUAGUAAAAAACAUUUUUUAUAAUAAAAAUAACAGGUUUUGACACGGUUAAUUAAUGGUAUAUUCAUUCCGUAAAAACUUUCUUUCCAGUUCUUAAAAAUUAAAGGAGAAAAUAUUGCACAGUGCAAAAAAAUUACGGUUGCACUGUGCAGUCAUUUUAAUUGCACUGUGCAAACGAAUGGAAAAUGUUGUUUUGGUUUUAAUUUGGUUUUUAAAAAUGAAAUUUUUAUCAAAUACGAUUUAAAAGGGCAUUGGAAUUCUUAAAAAUAAUAUUUGAAUUCUUAAGAUGGCAUUAAAAUUCAAAAUUUUUAAAUUUAAUUUUUUUUUUAUUUUUGUUUUUUAGGUAAAAAUCACGCCAGGAACGGGGAAACGUGGCCGUGCCGUGAAAACAGCUCUCGAGUUGUUCCAAAAAGACAAAACCGCAACUCAAGCCGAGAGGAACCUGGUCAAAUCGCUAGUGUCAGACCCGACCGUCGUACAGACAUUACCAGGCAAAGUACGGGUCUCCGCGCCGGCGUUGAUGAGAACCAAAGCCAAGUGA